CUCUGACACAACAACGAUUGGCCAGGCACUGCAGAGUCCGUGAAUCUUGCUCAUUGCGUGUGCGUACAAGCAGGCUUAUCCGUCUGCGACGAAACCUGGCGUGAGUCUGUUUGCAACCACGGGACGAGGGCUGCCCAGCCAGGUGGACGAAUGGCUACAUGUAAUAGUCAACAGCGCCAUGAAGGGGUCGGAUCGCGCUCCUCAAGCGCAGCCGCUCGCAAUCUCUUUCUUCUCUAGCCGCCAUUUCAUUCUUUCAUUCUCCAUCUGUCCGUGUGCACGGCGUUCUCGUGGGCUCAAAAAGCGUGAUCACACGCUUUGAAGACACCUGAAGAGAAAAUACCGUAAUCCACAUUCAGCCAUACGCCUCGAUCAAUCACUCCACAACCUGCCGAGAAUCCCGCACACCCUACCGACCGGCACAGGCCCACAGCGACAUGGUGCUCAAGCAGAAAACGCCGCCAGACUCCACCACUUCCCCCUCCUCAUCUCCGUCCCAAAUGGCGGGCUUCGUGCGCGUGGAGGAAGACGGCGAGAAACAGCGCAAGCGCUCGCUGUCAGCGUCGUCGCCGUGCUCUGUGGCCACUCCCGAGGGCCGCGCGAGUGCUAAGAGCAAGGUGUUCUCUCGUUGGCUCUACGGCGUUCUGCGCGGCGACACGCUGCUGCUCUACUGGCGCCGCACCGACUACAAGCGCAAAACGCCCCCGCUGGAUUCGCUCGCGCUACAGAUGCAGCCAGCCGCGCCUAACGAAAGCGUCUUUGGCUUCGAUCACGAGUGCCUCUACGUACGUGCAAAGGAUUCCGGGCGCAUAGUCGCUCUUCGCAUCCACCAACGCAAAGAAAUCGUGCGCUGGGUCACUGCGCUUUAUUAUCAGAGUAUCGGGAAUGAAAAGGUAGAACAGAAGAAGGGCAACACCACAAACAGGAAUAGCAGGCACGUCGUUUUACCUGCAGAGACUACUGAGCCAGUGCCAGAGACUCGCAAGAAGAGCGUGUCCUUCCAGGAAGAACCUCAGGUGCGCGUACUGCCGGAACAGGCCUACGACCCAGCCGAUCUCUUUUACUCGGAGGAUGACUACGAGCAGUUUUUGAUGGAAAGGCCCUCACAUCUGUCCAGCCUCAUGAGCACUAUUUAUUCGAAGACAGCGGCUAAGCUACGUGUAUCCAGGAAGAGAUAAGACGAGGAAUAAUUGCUUCGUCUCAAUUAUCUGACGACUUGGAAUUUAAUCUGUAGUGAGCUGUUGCGUGACGCAGUUCAGCUAUAUGAUAAAGACUAAACGUUUUAAUUUUGGAUUUUGUG